CUCUACGAGAUGAACGAGACGUUGCUGCAGCAUUUCCCGGGCCCCCAGGACAAGAUCUACUCCCUGCUGGACUCCAUGCGCCGCUUCAUUGCCCGCCGCGUGCGCAGCAACGCCCAGAGCCUGGAGCCCAGCAACCCCCGCGACUUCAUCGACUGCUUCCUGCUGCAGAUGGACAAGGAGAAGAACGACCCCAACUCGGAGUUCACCAUGGAGAACCUGGAGCUGACGGCCCUCAACCUCUUCUUUGCGGGCACAGAAACCAUCAGCUCCACUCUGCGCUACGGCUUCGUGCUGCUCAUGAAGAACCCCGCCGUGCUGGGUGAGCGCCGCAGAGCCGACGCAGAACCGCUGCAAAGCUGCUGCAUUGCAAAUCCAUUGCAGAAUCAUUGCAAGGCCAUUGCAUGGCCACUGCAGAGCCAUCGCGUUGCAGAACUGCUCCAAACCCAUUGCAAACCCGUUGCAAACCCACUGCACUGCAAACCUGUUGCAAACCUAUUGAACUGCAAACGCCAUUCCAACCCCCUUCCAACCCGUUCCAACCGUGUUUCAACUGAUUCCAACCCUGUUCCAACCCCGUUCCAACCCCCUUCCAACCCCCUUCCAACCCCCUUCCAUCCCCGUGCCAACCCCGGUGCAACCCCCGUCCGGCCCCAGG